GUUCUUUCUGCAUUCUUCCUACUAUUAAACAACAAUAACAACGACGACGACGACGACGAUAAAACUAACAAUAUAAAUAAUAACAGCAAUCAGAAACUCAAAAUAAAAACACAAUUAUGGCAACGCCUCAUCUACCGUCUUUUCGUCGGCGAGCACUCUCACUCUCUUCAUUGAAUGUACCAAGAAGGUAUCAUUGGCCCAUCUCUUUGUUACAAUACAUGUGUCUUGUUCCUGCUAUCAUUGGGUUUCUUCAUCAUCUAUCUCGUGCUUGGUCUCCUCCUCUUUAUGAUGCCACUCAUCUAUUUAACAUGAAAAGCACUCCAUUAAUAUACUGUGUGGCCAUACUUUGGUGUUUACUGGCAGGUUAUUGGAGCUGGAUAUUGACAACUAGUAUGGUACGACGAUGGUUAUAUCAGUAUGAAGUCAGUAAUGCUGUGAUAAGAUUGGUGAUAUUGAAUGGAAUCAAUUGGACACUAUCAAUUUGGAUUCAUCGCAUCUAUGGUCCUGAUCAACCUGUGAUGACAUGGAUGGUGAUCUGUGGUGUGCUACUUUUUUCUAACAUUUUCAAGUUGAUAUGGACAGCAGCCACUUCGAUGGAUUCGAAAUACCGUGGCAAAGCAACAACCUCUUCUUCUUCUUCGACAGUAUCGUCAUUAAAUAAUUUCAAGAUGGGAAAAGGUGGGGAAGAAUUACAUUACAAAUCGACUGUAGUGCGUGUAUUGGUCUUACCUUUGACAGUAGUGGUGUUUGUGACUAUGUUUGCCAUGUUAUAUCAAGUUGGACAAAUGCGAAGUACUGCUGGACCCAUACAUAUGGAUAUCAUUGCCAAACCCCAUCCAGCAUUUCAACAACAAGAACAACAAUCGAUGAACAAUAAGAAUGAAGAUAAUUUACGUGUGAUGGUGGUCGUUUUAUCAGCUUGGACUCCGAAAAGUUUGGAAAAACGCAAAACCUUCCGUGAAACGACGAUGCAAUUGAUUCCCAAAGCAGAGGAUCAACCUGGUGUUACUUUCUUUGUACAAUUUGUCAUUGGCCAACCACCAACUGAACAAGUACGAACUACUAUGGGUCCUUUGAUUGAUCAAGAAAUACAACAAUAUCAUGAUGUUUUGAUGCUCAACACAUCCGACAAGUAUGAAGAUCUUAGUCAAAAAGUGUAUAGUGCAAUGGAAUGGACAGAUCAAUAUCAAUUUGAUUAUUUACUCAAAACCGAUGAUGAUAUUUUCGUUCGAUGGGAUACAAUCAGUAAGGAAUUGAAAGCGAUUGGACCUCAACAAGGUUAUUGGCAAGGACUGGCUUAUUGGAAUAUCCCACCUAUCCGAAAUACUGACAACAAGAAUAAUGAAAUGAAUUAUCCUCUACCAAUUUUCCCACCAUAUACCGCUGGUGCAUUAUACAUUGUUUCCCGUGAUAUUGUUCGUUUAAUUACUGGAGUAGGUGGACCACGUUUGUUUGUGAAGAACGAAGAUCAAAAUCUUGGUAUCUGGCUCUUUCCUUACAAUAUUCGGCCAAUUCAUGAUCGACGGAUUCAACAGAUCGAUGCUUGUGAAGAAGAUAUGAUUGCAAAACAUUUUGGUGACUUUGGUGAACCUGGUGCUAUUGGUGGUACUAUGCAAGAUAUGUUGGCCAAUAUACAACAAGGACGAAAAAUGUGUCAAGGUUUUAGAACGUCUGUUUGUGCAAUGUGCUAUCCAUGUCAUAACAAAGGAACUAAUUGGAGGGAUUGGAACUUUGAUUGUCAUGAUAAAAAAGGUGUUACUCUUUUACAUCCUGGUCCUCUUACUUUGGUUGAUUGAUGCUUUGGUGAUUCUUCCCUUUUUAGAUUAGAAAACCCAAAAUUAUAUAUUUAUGUAUCAUUCAUUUUCUCUUUUCUCAUUUAUCAUGUAUUUUUUUUUUAUAUUUUUUUAUUACAAUCAUCAUCAUAUCUACAACAAAUAAACGUUGUUCUAUCAUUAUCCCAAAA